CAUCACAGACAGCAACUGCUGACUGUUUUCAGUUGUUUCUGUGACAGCAGGAAGUGCACUCAUUAGGAGUAGUCUGAAUUCAAAAUGCUGAAGAGAAAACCAUCUAACGUCUCUGAGAAGGAAAAGCAUCAAAAACCAAAGCGAAGCAGCAGUUUUGGGAAUUUUGAUCGUUUUCGGAAUAAUUCCACAUCAAAAUCAGACAAUUCAACUGAGGUACUUGAAGGGGAACCCACAAAUGAAAGUGAAGAACAAAAUAAAUCUUCAAAUAAUGGAAGUAUGGGUAAAAAAAUGAGAGGUAUUUCAUGGACAAUGAAGAAGAAAGUGAGUAAAAAGUACAUCAAAGCCCUUUCUGAGGAAAAGGAUGAGGAAAAUAAAGCUGCCCUCCCCUAUCGGAACAGUGAUCCUGUGAUAGGGACCCACACUGAGAAGGUCUCCCUCAAAGCCAGUGACUCCAUGGAUAGUCUCUACAGUGGGCAGAGCUCAUCAAGUGGGAUAACAAGCUGUUCAGAUGGUACAAGUAACCGGAACAGCUUUCGACUGGAUGAUGAUAUCCCUUACACAGGACCAUUUUGUGGCCGUGCCAGAGUACAUACAGAUUUCACACCAAGUCCCUAUGACAUGGACUCCCUCAAAAUCAAGAAAGGAGACAUCAUAGACAUUAUAUGCAAAACACCAAUGGGGAUGUGGACGGGAAUGUUGAACAAUAAGGUGGGAAACUUCAAGUUUAUUUAUGUGGAUGUCAUCUCAGAAGAGGAGGCAGCCCCCAAGAAAAUAAAGGCACACCGAAGGAGCAAAAGAGAAAAACCCAAGACUCUGCAGGAGUUCUUAGAGAGGAUUCACCUUCAGGAAUAUACCUCAACCCUUUUGCUCAACGGUUACGAGAACCUGGAAGAUUUAAAAGAUAUAAAAGAGAGUCAUCUCAUCGAAUUAAACAUUACAAACCCAGAAGACAGGAUGAGGUUAUUAUCAGCUGCUGAAAAUCUUGAUGAAGAAACCAUUGAAGAGGAAGAAAAUGAAUCCCUCCCCCUCUCUGUAAGCCCAGACAUCUCCUUAAAUAAGUCACAGCUAGAUGACUGCCCACGGGACUCUGGAUGUUAUAUCUCAUCAGGAAAUUCAGACAAUGGCAAAGAAGAUCUGGAAUCUGAAAGUCUGACUGACAUGGUACAGAAGAUUGCUAUCACAGAGCCAAGCAACUGAACACACAUCCUCAACUCUGCAGAUAGAUUCAUUUUAUCUCUUCUCAUGUUGCAUUAUCUCAUAGGAGAGGAAGAGAAAUAUUUGUCAAACCCAAAUUUAAAAUGUUUUAAUCCGAAUAAUUGUACAUAAAAGUUUGUAUCUCUAACUUUCCCAGUUAUUGUAAGUAAAAUGUAUAUUUAUUAAAUACUAUAUCUUAAUAUUUUAAUUGCCUAUACAAGAAAAGUGGUAUGGUGUAAGUCUUUGAUAUAUAUGUGUGACAUAUGCUUUAUUUUGGCUUUUUUUAAUGAGUAUAAAGUGAUAAAACCUGAAAAAAAAGUUUUUUCACACCUGCCAGUUUUGAAUUUGUAUAUAUUAUUGUAUGAAUAUUAAUAGGUUGUGUUUUCACUUGAACUAAUUUGUACAAGUAGCAUAUAUGCCUACUUUUGUAUUUAUUGAGAAAGUGUGAGAUGAUAGUGGAGAUAUUUUAUCCUAGUCCACAAUAGAAAUUAUUUUUCAUUGAUUUCUUCACUCUGUUAUUUGGUAUAAAAGUAUAGAUAACAAUGUAUUGUCAAUUUUCAAUCUUGAUUUAGCAAAACUAAUUUUAAUAAUU